CCAGAGCAAUGAAGGAGCGUCGAGUGACAAAUCGAGGCGCUCCGGCAGCUCCAGCUGCUGCUGCUGCGUCCCGGCGGAGAAAGAAGCCGGCAUUUGAUCCAUCCGGCGGCUUCUUCUCUGGCGUCCGCAUUGGAGCUGUCGCAGCAUUCGCGAUUUUUGUUCUCACUGCGAUCACUCUCGUCGUUCUUCUCUCUGCUCUCUAUCCUCGCGAAACUCCGAGAUCCAUCACGCCGGUGGCGCUUCCAAAGAUCAUGGAUUUGCCUCAGUUUCAAGGCGAGCACAAGGAGCGACUCUACUGGGGAACCUAUAGACCGCAUUUGUAUCUUGGAAUUCGAUCCAGAACACCAAAAUCAUUGUUAGCUGGACUCAUGUGGCUUGGUAUCAAGGAUGGAUACUACGCUCUUCGUCACACCUGUGAAGACUCUGAUGGACUUAAACGUUAUGGUUGGGUUCGACACGAUGGGAUCUCUUAUGGUCGCCAGGUGAUUCUAGAUCAAAAUAUGAAUAUCACCACUUUUUUCUCUAAGAGUUGGAAUGACGGAAGUGGCUAUGGAGGUGAUUGGUCUGUCCGCGUGAAUCUUCAUCACAGCAGUGAAAUAAGUCGACUUCCGAAUGGAGAGUCGUCUCUUUACUUUUACAUUGCGGAGGAGGAAGGCAGCCAAAUAAGAAUAUCGAGAAAUGACGCAUCUGGACUAGCUGCUUCGGGGCAUAGACAUGAUAUUGGACACUGGCAGAUUCACAUCAGUGCCGAGAACAAUACUUUUUUUCAUUACGCUGGGUUCCGGACGGGAAACAUGCACAAUAUAACACAGCUUGUCCAAAAUUCAUUAAUCGUUCAGGAGCGUAAAUUGCAACUACCUGAUACUUAUGAAAAAUCUUCAAAUAUAGUAGUUUUUCAGGUUUUAGGCCGCAACCAUCUUCAGCUAGAUGUGACUUUUCUAGCUGGUGUCGACGAGAAAAAGUUCUCGGUACAGUCUCGUCUUGACCGUUUAUCUGGGAUUCGAUUGGAUGAAACGUUAAGAGUGCAAGAGCAAAUUUUUGAUAAGCGUUUUGAGAACGCGUACAAGCUGGAUAACGAAGAGCUUUCUAGCUUUGGUGCUACCAACGCAGUGGAAAUUGGCAAGGCUGCCCUCAGUAAUCUUUUGGGAGGAAUCAGCUACUUCUACGGCCAAUCGCUUAUUUCCAUACCUUCAAAAGAGCAGAAACACCACCGAGAAAGUUUUUGGAAGUACUGGCCAGCUGCAUUGUAUAGUGCUGUUCCAUGCCGCUCUUUCUUCCCUCGAGGUUUUUUGUGGGAUGAAGGCUUUCAUCAAAUAAUAAUAAGUAGAUGGGACCGAAACCUGACAUACGAUAUCGUUGGGCACUGGUUAGACUUACUUAACGUCGACGGCUGGAUUCCAAGGGAGCAGAUUCUAGGAGAAGAAGCCCGAGUAAGGGUUCCCGAUGAGUAUAUUUUACAGCACACGGAUAACGCGAACCCUCCAACGUUGUUUUUGCCAUUGCAUGGUCUGAAAGCUUGUUAUCUCUUUUGUGACUUCUUUCUCUGCCCUGCUGCAGAUAUUGCAUUAGCAUCACUAGAAAGUGGAAAAGAAAAUAACGCUGAGAGGGCCUUCUUGGAAAAAUCCUUCCCAAGGCUACAAGCGUGGUUUGGGUGGUUCAAUAGAACGCAAGCAGGUACAUUUCCUGGGACUUACUAUUGGCAUGGAAGAAGUAUUACCGAUAAGGAAUUAAAUGCCAAGAGUUUGUCGUCUGGUUUGGAUGACUAUCCACGGGCUUCACAUCCAAGUGCUGAUGAGCGACACGUUGAUUUACGUUGCUGGAUGGCCUUGGCAGCGAAAUCUAUGGUUAUGAUUGCCAAAAUCAUCGGAGCACCACAUGAAGUAAGGAAAAACUGGCACAGCAUGGCUCGCAGUAACGAUUUACUUUUUCAGAAAUACGAGGCUAUGUCACAGGUUUUGUCAGACUUUGAUGUUCUUAACCAGCUCCACUACGAUCGCAAGAGAGGACGUUACUACGAUUACGGCAAUCAUACUGAAAAAGUGAAGCUGGAAUGGGACAACUUCUUCGACCCAAGAACCGGACAAGUACAGCAAGUUCUCCGCAGAGUCGUAUCUGGACGUCCAAAGUUGCAGCUGGUUCCACAAUUUGGCUACGUGAGCCUCUUCCCCUUUAUAGUGAAACUUAUUCCCGCGGACUCGCAAAUCUUGGAAGCACACCUCAACCUUAUCCAGAGCGAAAAGCUCCUCUGGACGAGCUUCGGAUUGCGCUCGUUAGCAACAACAAGCUCUAUUUAUAACAGACGUAACACCGAGCAUGACGCUCCUUACUGGAGGGGCCCUGUAUGGAUCAACAUGAACUAUCUCGUCCUUUCAUCCCUUCACUACUACUCGCAAGAGCCAGGCCCAUACAAAGACGCUGCUGCCUCUGUCUACAAACAGCUUCGUGCCAAUCUGAUAAGCAACGUUGCACGGCGCUACAACGAAAUGGGAUACAUCUUUGAGCAGUAUGAUCAUACAAAAGAAGGCGAAGGUAAAGGAGCCAGGCCGUUUACCGGUUGGAGCUCCUUGAUACUACUGAUCAUGGCAGAGCAGUACCAACGCUAGAACGAGGCGUCCACACUGCUCUCACAAUGUUUACCAGAGGAAUUCUUCCCAGACAAGGCAUCAAGCGAAUCCAGCAGAGAUUUGCCGGUCACAGUUCAGUAUAAUGUAGUACGUAACAGCUGCCUGCAUUGUCAAAGAACAGACGAUUGAGACAUAUCGAGUAAAAACCGCAAGAAAACUAACUUCACUCGAUUCAUUGUUGAGCAGAUCCAUUAUAAGCAGUUGCCGCUCAAAUCCAAGCUGUGUAACUCUUGCUAAAACA